UGCACCGCCCACCGCGUCGCGGCGCGGCGCAGCGCACGCCUCCGCGUUUUUAGUCCCACCUCGCCACCCUCCCACGCUUAUCUCUCUUCUCUCUCUCUCUCUCUUCACCACCACCACCUCUCCUCCUCCAUCGCGCAGUGCCAGCUAAGGCUGCGUGAGGCUUCGCUUCCCACACGUUUUCCUCCUCCUCGCCGGCCGCCGCCGCCGCAUUUCGGCCAGAGAGUUCUUCUUUGCUCCGGCGUUGCUGCCGUCGACGGUCGCCACGCCAUGGCUGCUUCUGUGAGGUUCUUGGCGGUCCUGGUGGUGGUUCUUGCUGUGGCGGCGGCGGCGGCUUCCGCGGCGUCGUUGGCCGGCGGGGAGCACCACCUGCAGCUGGGGAUACUGUCCACCACCGGCGGGGAGUGCCGGGGCACGGUGGGGGAGUGCCUCGGUCGGGGGGAGGUCGACGGCGGCGAGGAGGAGGGGGAGCUCGGGUCGGCCUCCGCCGAGGCGCACCGCCGCGUGCUGGCCGGGAACACGUACAUCAGCUACGGCGCGCUGCGCCGGGACUCCGUGCCGUGCUCCCGCCGCGGCGCCAGCUACUACAACUGCCGCCCCGGCGGCGCCGCCAACCCCUACCACCGCGGCUGCUCCCGCAUCACCCGCUGCCGCGGCUAAGCCCUCCUCCCGCCGCCGGAUCCGCCGCCAAAGAUGGCAUCUUUUGCCUGCUUCUUUGGGCGCGCGCUGCUAGCGUUGUUCCUCCUCUCCAGGUUCCAAAAAAAUGAAAAAAAAAACCCAAAAUAAGCUGUUCUUCUUGUGUUCUUGCAGUGCCACUACCUCUACUAUUUAUUAGCUGCUACUAUUCCUUCGUUUGAUUUGCUGCUGCUAAUGAUGCUGCUGUUGUAUUUGGGAUCUGUUGUGUCUUGUAAAGUAUGAGAGAUUUGUGCCCCCCUGUGGCUGGCUCUUAAUAUCAAGAGAUAUAUAUUCUUAUUCUUUUGAAUCAAGUAUUCCAGUGUGUUAGUCAGAGAGUCAAAGAUUGCAUCUUCCCUUUUGAUUCAGUCAUGCAUAGCUGUUCUUGAAUCAUCGGUGCGUUGAUUUGGUCUUCUGAAAUGGGGGAGAUGGUUUGGGUUGGUUUGUGGGGAAGAAAGGUUCAAGCUUUGCCUGGCAUUGUGGUAAGAUGUAGAUCUAGAGCAGCAAACCAUUCCUUCCAUAUGGUUGGAGAUGAAGGUGCUGCUCAUUGUACAUUGCCUUGUAGAUCUGGUUGUCCCUAUUGUGCUUUGAUCUCAUCUGUCACAUCUGAUUCUCUGAAAUGUUAAUUUGGGAACAUGAAUAGAUUUGUGCAUGAUGUAUAGCCUCAUAGCACCAAGAGCAAGGAAGAACAGCUCAGCUCCCACUUGCAAUCUUUUCCCCUUUUAUGCUUCUGCAUACUUGCACACCACUUUAUUAGGAUUCAAAUAGCAUGGAGUGUUUGUUAGGUUCUUGGAGAAGGAUUAGCACUUUACAAUGUUUUCCACCUGUUAGUUGUUUGAUGCAAACUCAAAUGUGUUGGCCAGAAGACAAUAUUGGUAGGCAGCAGAGCCAUGUUGUUUGCAGGACUCUCUUCAAUCCUCCCCAUUUAUGCAGGAUCCAGAUUGUUCAUAGACAUAGUUUGCAAGUACCAAGCUGAUAUAGCAAAUCAUGUAUGCCAUAUUAGCACCAUGCUUGUGAUCCUGUGAAAUGUGACAGAUUAAUGGCAUUGUUUGGAGCUUUAGGUUGGUGUAGAUGUUGACAGCAUCACCUGGUUGACCCCUUUGCUGGUGGCCUGAUGAGUACCAGUUUUUGGGGCCCAAAAUGUUACUCCUAUGCUACUAUCAAUUUGUUUUUUUUGGUGAAGUGAAAGAUGUGGCCAGUUGCA